AUGCCCGAGAUUAUCGGCAAGCUCUUGAAAUCCGACGGAAAGCCAGUUUCCGAGAUUGAGAAGCAAGUAUCGCAGGCUCUCAUCGAUUUGGAAACCAAUGAGGAGAUCCGGGAGCAAUUGAAGGAACUCUACAUCGUUGGAGUAAAGGAAAUCGAGGUCGGAAACAAGACCGCAAUCAUCGUCUACGUUCCAGUCCCACAGCUUAAGGCUUUCCACAAGGUCCAGACCCGAUUGGUUCGUGAGUUGGAGAAGAAAAUCGGAGGAAAGGAUAUCCUUAUCCUUGCCAAGAGACGUAUUCUUCCAAAACCACAACGUGGAAACAAGGCCAAGCCACAGAAGCAGAAGAGACCGCGUUCCCGUACCCUCACCGCUGUUCAUGAUGCUUGGCUCGAUGAGCUCGUCUACCCAGCUGAGGUUGUAGGAAAGAGAAUCCGCGUGAAGUUGGACGGAAAGAAAGUUUACAAGGUUCACCUCGACAAAACCCAACAAACCAACGUUGGGCACAAAACCCAAAUCUUUGCCGCUGUGUACCGUAAGCUUACGGGCAAGGAUGUUACAUUCGAAUUCCCAGAGCCAAUCUUCUAA